CAGAUUUCCGCCAUUUCCGGUCUGGUUAUAAAACUUUUGAUUGCAUUUCUCUUGUACAUGGUUCGCACAAAAACAAUCCUUUUGAAGAUUGAAUACGUGAAGUUUCAAGUUGAAAUUACUGGGAUUUUAAUAUAAGAUAAUAAGCCAUGUCUGUGCCAGCUUUACGUCAACCGAAGAUGCUGAAUAUAGUCCAAAAACCCACAGUGAAUGUGCAAUGUUUUUCAGAUGAUCAAAGUGUAAUCUUGACUCUAAAAGACUGUAGAAAGCUUGUAAUAUCUUCAGACUCCUACCACGGAAUUGUGAUGGUUGGCAUUAUGUAUAAAUGUGUAUUUUGUGCCGUUGAAAUGGAGCUCGACAAUAAGCUAAAGGAAGCUCACAAAAAUCUUAUGACACAUAAGAAGUGUUUAGAAAGAUACCCACAUUUGGAGGAUUUCUCGGAAAACUUGAUAAGAAAGCUAAGCAAUAAUAGCCUGUACUGCUCUCUAUGUAAUGUGGUGAUGAUGUCGACCGCAGCCACUCGCCACGUCAGCACGGAGACACAUAAGGAACAGCUGGAGAAAGCAGAAAUCAAAGCUACUACUUAUAAGCCUUUUUAGGAACUUUU